GCGCAUAUAUAUAUAUAAAUGAAUGAUGGCUCUGGGAACAUCAUCUCACAUUCAGUGCUCUCCUCCACAAUGAAACACGCAGCUUUGACAAGGACACAUCCUACUAUACCAAAGCAAAAUAACUAAGUCAGAAAGUUUCAGAAGUCUCUCUCUGCCUUCAUCGUGAAGUGGCAAAUGAGAUUCAAAAGUCUAAGGAGAUAACACAGCACUUUUCCCAGAUACCCAUUAUGUGUUUGAUUAUCGUGUCUCUGCUGGUAGCAGCAGAAUCAGCCUUACUACAAAGCUACAGUUUGCCUGGUCAUGGUGGAUCCUCCGGCGGUGGAACUGGAGGGUCUUUUGUUUCCUCGGGUGCAGGAUCAGGUGGGGGGUCCUUCGUCUCCUCUGGAGGGAGUACCGGAGGUUUUGUUUCGUCCGGCUUCAGCAGUGGUGGCGGCUCAGUAUCCUCUGGGUUUGGCACUGGUGGAUCCUUUGUAUCCUCUGGUGGAAGCACUGGCGGAUCAUUCGGAUCCUCUGGUUUUGGCAGUGGUGGAUCCUUUAGUGGAUCCUUCUCUGGACAUGGAUCAAUCUCUUGUGGUGAUGGACAGGUCGCCCAUGGAGGGAGCUGCGUAACUCCUCAAGUUGAACGCAACGUUUACGUCUAUAAUGUUCCUGCACAGCCCCGAUCGACUGGCCCUCGUCCUAACAUCCCAGCACCAAAGGUCGAGCACAACAUCGUCUUCGUGCGUCUUCCAGAAGGCGCUGCAGGACAGGACCCUAUUGUAGUCCCUCCACCCCAGCAGAAGAAUAUUGUUUACGUCCUCAACAAGGGAACUGCAGCAGGUGGACAGAAGGUCAUCCAGGUUCCAGCACCACCCAAGAGCCAGCCUGAAGUCUACUUCGUCAACGUGGGCGACGGCCAGAACCCAACUCUUCCAGGAGGCGUUGAUCUUCAGAGUGCCCUCAGCAGCGCUACCCACCAGGGAGUUGGCCAGGUCAUUGGAGGUGGAUCAGGCGGUGGCGUCUCAGGAGGAAGCAUCGGAGGUGGACUUGAUAGUGGAUUUGGUGCAGGUGUUUCUGGUGGCGUCAUUGGUGGCAGUGGCAGCUUUGAUAUUGGAGGGUCAGUUAGUGGAGGCAGCAUUUCUGGAGACUUUGGAGGCUCCAUCAGCGGUGGGACCAUUUCCGGAGGAUUUGGAACAUCCGGAGGAAUCUCCAUUUCCGGUGGUGGUUCAUCUGCUCCCAGUGGUCUAUACUCUACUCCUUAAAUAUGUCAGACUUGCGAUUUUGUUGACUGUAAUCUUAUUUGAAAUAUCAAACUGAUAUGGAUGCUAUUUUCUUUCUUAUUUAUUGAAUUUCUUGAAGGUCAAAAUAAAGCUUUUUUUUUGGAGAAAAAAUACUGAUUUAUAUACCUGCAGUAUAUUAAAUCGCAAAUAUC